CUGAGUUUAAAGACUUUUUGUCUUUCAUCUUUUGCAUUAGUGUGCCUCUUUGUACUACCCUCAUGUUGCCAAAUUUUGUUCCCAAGUUGGACCUCGCGCCCAUGCUGAAGAGAGGCUGCUCCAGGAUCUGUUUGCACAUUACAAUAAGCUCUCCCGGCCUGUGGAAAACAAUUCAGACACAGUGCUAGUCCACUUUGGGCUAUCUAUUGCCCAGCUUAUUGAUGUGGAUGAGAAGAACCAGAUGAUGACUACAAAUGUCUGGGUCAAGCAAGAAUGGAACGAUUACAAACUCCGCUGGAACCCGGAGGAAUAUGAGAAUGUCACUUCCAUCCGUAUUCCCUCAGAGAUCAUUUGGAGGCCUGACAUUGUUCUCUACAACAACGCCGAUGGAGACUUUGCGGUAACCCACCUCACGAAAGCACAUCUGUUCCAUGAUGGUCGGAUAAAAUGGAUGCCACCAGCAAUUUAUAAGUCUUCAUGCAGCAUAGAUGUUACCUUUUUCCCUUUUGAUCAGCAAAGCUGCAAAAUGAAGUUUGGCUCGUGGACCUAUGACCGUGCCAAGAUCGAUCUGAUCAGCAUGGACAGUGAUGUGGACCAAAUGGAUUACUGGGAGAGUGGCGAGUGGGUUAUCAUCAAUGCAGUGGGCAAGUACAAUACCAAAAAGUAUGAGUGCUGCACAGAGAUCUAUGCAGACAUCACCUACUACUUCAUCAUCCGGAGGCUUCCAUUAUUCUAUACUAUUAACCUUAUCAUCCCUUGUCUGCUUAUCUCCUGUUUGACUGUGCUGGUGUUUUAUUUGCCAUCGCAAUGUGGUGAGAAGAUUACCUUGUGUAUAUCAGUGUUACUGUCUCUAACAGUGUUCCUCCUGCUGAUCACAGAGAUUAUACCAUCUACAUCGCUGGUGAUUCCACUGAUCGGUGAAUACCUGCUGUUCACCAUGGUCUUUGUCACGCUCUCUAUCAUAAUUACUGUUUUCGUGUUAAACGUACAUCACCGCUCUCCACAAACCCAUGGCAUGCCUCACUGGGUGCGGAGAGUAUUCUUGGACUUGGUGCCUCGAGUCCUCUUCAUGAAGCGUCCACCAGGCACAGCAAAGCAGCACUGCAAGAAGCUUAUUGAGAUGAUGCACCGUCCAACGAUGAUAUCAGCAACAGGCAACUCACAGGCCUUUUGGGCAGGGUUAGAGACAGGAUUGAGACAAAUCGGACAGGAAGAGAAUACACUCCCAAAGACUCCGUGCGACAGUCCAAGCAUCCUUGUUUGCUCACCUUCUCCACCAUCUUCCCCUCUUGGCAACCACACUGAGGAAGAUCACCCACUGAAGGCAAACGUUUUCUGCCGGUCCACAGCCGGUCAGUAUUCAGUUCUCUCAGACAAACAACCCCUACGUGGACACAACUCUACAGCUUCGUCUUCUUCCCAGUUGUCCUUGCCUCCAUCUUUGCCACUAGGCCCACUUCGAAGUCUAUCCAGGGAAGAACCGGAUACACUAGCCCCAAACGGCCGCUCCCUCAGUGCAGAGCAAAUGUGUGAUCAACAGAAGGAGCUUCCUCACAGAGCUGGGCAUCGGUGUCGCUCCCGCAGCUUCCAGUACUGCUGUCUUCAUGAUAAAGGGCCUGGGGUCAUUGGGAUCACAGGGAGAGUGAAGAAACAAGCCCUUACAAAUCACCUAGCAGAAACCCUCACAGCAGAAUCCAUGAAAGAUGCAAGUACCCAACAGGACACCAUGGUUCCAGCUAUUUCCCCAGCAAUGCAACGGGCCAUAGAGGGAGUUCAGUACAUCGCCGAUCACCUCAGGGCAGAGGAUGCAGACUUUUCAGUGAAGGAGGACUGGAAGUAUGUGGCCAUGGUUAUUGACAGGAUAUUCCUCUGGAUGUUUGUUCUGGUGUGUAUACUGGGAUCUGUGGGACUCUUUCUUCCUCCUUGGUUGGCUGGAAUGAUCUAGAAUCUUGCCAUCAAGGAAAAAGUCAUUAACACUGACAGGAGGACAUGCUGUCUUAUAAAAAAGUCUAUCAUUUAUCAUUUUAUUUUCUAUUUUUCAAAGGAACUACAAGUCACAUUUCUUGCUCUUGCCCCGGGGUUAUCAAAAGGUUACUCCUGGAGAAAUCUUGUGAAAUAUCUAUCAUUGAUUCCAGAGGGCAUAUAAAUUCUUUAUGAGGGCAAAAGGCCAACAGCGAAAAAAUAUCCUUCCGCACCACUCCAUUUUGACAUCGAGCUGUAUCGCUCAAGCUGUCACCUUUGUGAAAAAACAGCGAAGAGCAGACUUUGACCCAAGUCAGAACUGUGGAUAACACCACAGAAAGACCAAGGCAUUGUAAGCUAUUAAUAAGACUGUAUAAAGUUGGGUUUUUAAUCUCAGUUUUAACAUUCCAACAACAAUGUCAGUGUUAUAGUAUCUUGACAAUAGCACAGGUGACAGUGCAAUGCUCUCACCAAAUAUUCAUAAAAUGAUCAUGUUUCUGUGCAACCUAAUUUGUCAGAAUUCAGUGCUGGGAGGGAUUUCUGUGGAGGAAUUGUGUGUGUGUGUGUGUGUGUGUGUGUGUGUGUG